AGCACCAAAAUCCGGAGGGAACGCACCCAGUUCCAAACUAGCAAUAAAAACCCCCAUUUCCUCCCCCCUUCAUCGGUUUUCUUGUCCUUCUUCCGCAACAAGCUUUCAGAAUAUCACAGACGAUGGCGAAGAGCGAGACCUCUGGAGAUACUCCUCGGCCAUGGCAGUCUUAUCACACUGCUUAUACCAACGCCAAAGCAGGAAUGGAGGGAGUUGACAAGGAAAAAGUGCAAAGGAUUAUCUAUGAAAUGAGCAAAGGGUCAAAGUAUUUUGAGAAUGAGGAACGUAAGGAUGCUUUUAUAAAGCAGAAAAUUGAAAACAUGCGGGCUCAGUUUGCAAAGCUCACUGCUUCUGAGAUAUCCCAUUAUCAGAAGGUUGCUGAUAAACGAAUUUUAGAGUUAGAAGCUACUCGCGAUUUGACAAGGAUUUGGCUACAUGUAGAUAUGGAUGCCUUUUACGCAGCCGUUGAAACAUUAAGCAAUCCUCUGUUAAAGGGAAAACCAAUGGCUGUUGGCGGAAUGUCUAUGAUCUCCACCGCUAAUUACGAGGCUCGGAGGUUUGGGGUCCGUGCUGCAAUGCCCGGUUUCAUUGCGCGUAGAUUAUGUCCGGAGUUGAUUUUUGUCCCUGUAGAUUUCAAGAAGUAUACUCAUUACAGUGAUUUAACAAGAAAAGUUUUCCAGAAAUAUGAUCCCAACUUCAUGGCUGCUAGUUUGGAUGAGGCAUACCUUGAUAUAACAACUGUCUGCCUAGAAAGGCACAUGAGUAGUGGAGAAAUUGGUGAAGAACUCAGGAGUAGUGUUUAUGAAGAGACUGGCCUCACUUGUAGCGCUGGAGUGGCGCCAAACCGAUUACUUGCUAAGGUUUGCUCAGAUAUAAACAAACCAAAUGGUCAGUUUGUUUUGCCAAAUGACAGGACGGCUAUCAUGACAUUUAUUUCCUCACUUCCCAUACGGAAGAUAGGGGGAAUUGGUAAGGUCACUGAACAUCUUUUAAGGGACGUUAUUGGAAUUACAACUUGUGAGGAGAUGCUGCAAAAGAGUGGCUUCCUUUGUGCUCUAUUCUCUCGUUCUUCAGCAGAUUUUUUCCUCUGUGUGGGUCUUGGACUUGGAGGAACAAAUACUCCUCAAGUUAGGUUGCGGAAAAGUAUAAGCAAUGAGAGAACAUUUCAGGCCACUGAUGAUGAAGCUUUUCUUUUUCAGAAGUUAGUGGAUCUUGCGGAGAUGCUUUCUACUGACAUGAAAAAAGAAAGUCUUUGUGGGCGAACAUUGACUUUAAAACUGAAAACUGCAUCUUUUGAGGUUCGAACCCGAGCGCUGACUUUGCAAAAUUAUAUUUGCUCAAAUGAGGAUAUUUUGAAGAAUGCAUCAAAGCUACUGAAGGCUGAACUUCCUAUAUCCUUACGACUAAUUGGAUUGCGGAUGUCUCAGUUCAACGAAGACAAGGAUGGCAAUCCAUCUGAUCCUACACAAAAAACUCUCUCCAACUUUAUUAUAUUUGGGGAUGCUACAGGAAGAAACAUGGAUGAGCAAACAUCAUUUUGCUCAGAUCUUAGUGAUGACCAUUUCACAACAGAAAGAAGCAUUGGUCUUCCUGUUGACAAUCGUGAGAUAUAUCAAAUAGAUUUGAGGGAUCCAUUAGAAAGCAAUGGAAUGUCAAGUGCUAAUAACAGUAACGACAUUCUAAGCUAUGACGGUGAACUGGAGGUAAACCAUGGAUCACUGGACAACAAGUCUAAUGCCAAGUUUGACAGAAGCAGCUUGGAUAAAUUGAAGAAGAGGACCGACCUUUUAGAUAGUGAAGCAGUAUCUUCGUCAAAUCAGAACGAGCAAUGUUUGUGGGUGGACGACUACAAGUGUUCGCUAUGUGGGGUUGAACUGCCUCCUAGUUUUGUUGAGGAAAGGCAAGAACAUGCUGACUUUCAUCUAGCUGAGAGGCUGCAGAAACAGGAAUCUGAUAGCAACCCUAGAAGUCUCACUCCUAAGCAGAGGUUUAUUCAGAAAGACCACGUGACAAGCCAAACCAGGCGUAAGAAGAAGCGCAAGUUAUCCCCCGCAGAUGGUAAACACCUGCCGAUAGAUAUGUUCUUUGUAAAAAGUAAUGAGAACUUCUAGCAUCGUAUUGUGUAUAUUGUGUAAUAUUUUGUACAGUAGCAGAUAUUUCUCUCUCAGCUAUUAAUGUAUUGUUUUAAUAAAUUGCAGACACCAUGUAUAUUGUACAGUAUCCAUAUUGUUGUAUCUCAAGUUAAACAGUACCAAUAAAGCUAUCAUUUGCGAUGCACUGUAUUUAGUAGA